GGUAAUUGAGAAUGGGCCCUCAACGAUGCUAAGUCUACAAUGGGAAGUGUCACACUUCGUUAUUUCUGCUAUGGGUGCCUUUUCACAUCGGUGACCUGGACACUUCUGCUCUUUGUUUAUUUCAACUUCAGUGAAGAGACCCAAUCUUUCAAGAAUGUGCCCGUCAAGGGGCUAGAACCUCAGAGGCCGUUUCCAAAAAAAUUCUUUCCCCGUUUUACCCGGGGGCCAGUUCGUAUGCCUGCAUUGCAACGGAGAAAGAGCAAGAUAGGAAAUCCUUUUGGAAAUCAUGUCCAGGACCCAGUGAAGGGGGAGGUAGAUUUUUCUCCUGAAAUGGGGAUGAUUUUUAAUGAAGAAGAUCAGGAGGUGAGAGACUUGGGCUAUCAGAAACAUGCCUUCAAUAUGCUUAUCAGUAACCGGCUGGGAUACCACAGGGAGGUACCUGAUACAAGAGAUGCAAAAUGUAGAGAGAAGUCCUACCCUUCUGAUCUACCAUUUGCCAGCGUUAUUAUCUGUUUCUACAAUGAAGCACUUUCUGCCCUGCUUCGCACAGUACACAGUGUCCUGGAUCGCACCCCUGCAUACCUUCUUCAUGAAAUUAUUUUGGUGGAUGACAACAGUGAAUUGGCUGACUUGAAGAAAGACCUGAGUGAAUAUGUUAAAACUCACCUUCCAAAAACCACGAAGUUGGUAAGAAAUGAAAAGCGGGAGGGCUUGAUUCGAGGAAGGAUGAUUGGAGCCUCUCAUGCUACAGGAAAAGUGCUGGUUUUCCUGGACAGUCACUGUGAGGUGAACGAGAUGUGGUUGCAACCUUUGCUGACGCCAAUCAGAGAAGAUCGCAGGACUGUGGUGUGCCCCGUGAUUGACAUAAUCAGUGCUGACACGCUUACCUACAGCUCUUCCCCAGUUGUGCGUGGAGGGUUUAACUGGGGCCUGCACUUCAAAUGGGAUCUUGUUCCUAUGUCAGAAUUGGAAGGACCCGAGGGAGCCACAGCUCCUAUCAAGUCACCUACUAUGGCUGGAGGCCUGUUUGCUAUGGAUCGUGAGUACUUUAAUGAACUUGGACAGUAUGAUAGUGGCAUGGACAUCUGGGGAGGAGAGAACUUGGAAAUAUCCUUUCGGAUCUGGAUGUGUGGGGGUAGACUUCUGAUCAUCCCCUGCUCCAGGGUGGGACACAUUUUCCGUAAAAGACGCCCCUAUGGCUCACCAGGGGGACAGGACACUAUGGCUCAUAACUCUCUGAGGCUGGCACAUGUGUGGAUGGAUGAAUACAAGGAGCAGUAUUUUGCUUUGAGACCUGAGCUAAGGACCAGGAACUAUGGAAAUAUUACCGAUCGUGUGGAAUUGAGAAAAAGAUUGAACUGCAAGUCGUUUAAGUGGUAUUUAGAUAAUAUCUAUCCUGAGAUGCAAAUAUCUGGCCCCAAUGCCAAGGCUCAGCAGCCAGUUUUUAUUAAUAGAGCGCAAAAACGACCAAAAAUAAUCCAGCGUGGAAGGUUGUAUCAUCUUCAAACCAAUAAAUGCUUGGUCGCCCAGGGACACCCGAGUCAGAAAGGAGGACUGGUAGUGGUUCGCGAAUGUGACUACAAUGAUCAAAACCAGGUCUGGGUUUACAAUGAAGACCACGAGCUGAUUUUAAAUAAUCUCCUUUGCUUGGAUGUUUCUGAAACCCGUUCAUCUGAUCCACCACGUCUCAUGAAAUGCCAUGGGUCUGGUGGGUCACAACAGUGGACGUUUGGGAAAAACAACCGUCUCUACCAGGUGUCUGUGGGGCAGUGCAUGAAGGUGGUAGAUCCACUUAGCCAUAAAGGAUAUAUGACCAUGGCCAUCUGUGAUGGGUCCCUUCCUCAGCAGUGGCAUUUUGAGAGCUGAGUCAACAAGGAUGCAGCUAUGAGAAGCGUUACGAUCUGAUUGCCCUUCAGCUGUGAUUUUAAGUGAUUCUGGAGGGCUUUGCAAGGAGCCCUUGGCUACUACACUGGGCAGCAACCAUUGCAAGGAUCACCCUUUAGAAAUACUCUGCCUCAAAAAGCUGUGUGCAUGAGAAGGUCCAUGUGGUCACCGCUCCCUGGUCAGAUGCAGCAGUAAUGGCGGCAGCCCCGCGACAGCAAAUCAGCAUGUAGAAGUGCAAUUUAUCAGCAGUUUCUUGGAUUUCCCUGGAUUAUCGAAUUGUUUUUUUAAGUAAGAAAAAAUGACUAGAGCAAUGUAGUCUAAAUUGUGAGAUUUUUAGCUCUGUGGAUCUUUUAAAUGACAGUGACAGAAAGGAGUCCUCCUUGAGUGUUUCCUCUGCCGUAUCUCAUUAAUUUACAUUUUUAGUAUGGUUUUAACUGGCCAAAUUAUUUUACCUUAUCUGGAAAAUAUUUUUAUUCCCUUUUAUCUUCUGAAAAAUUGUCAUUUGUAAUAUUUAAGUUUAGUUCUGUUAAUUUCCAGUUUUAGGACAUUUCAUGUAUUUUAAAUUCUUUGUCACCUCGUAUUUAAAGCAAAGCAACUAUUACAAAGUCUAUUUUGAUGACUCAUGGCAGUAGCUACAUUUAAAAUAAAGUACCCUUUUUUUUAUUAA